UAUCUGUGAGAGAUGGAUCCAGCGGAGGGGAUGACGGCAUAUAGCGUCGCGACGCCCGGCGUCAAAUUUAGUCUCUACUCUACCCGGCAACACCGUUCAAAAACUCACUUCUUCAAUACAUUUCCAACACCAGACACAAGACAUCAGCAACAUGCCGCCCCGCAACAAGGAACAGGAAGCCGAGAUUCUAGCGUGGAUCGAAGCUGUGAUCGGAGAAAAACUUCCGCCGGGAAAUUACGAGGACAUCCUUAAGGACGGCGUUAUUCUUUGCAAUUUAAUAAACAAACUCGCUCCUGGUUCGGUGAAGAAAAUUCAGACCAAGGGAACGAACUUCCAGCUUAUGGAAAAUGUCCAGAGGUUCCAAGCCGCAAUCAAAGCCUACGGCGUACCGCAGGAGGAAAUUUUCCAAACCGCCGAUUUAUUCGAGAGGCGUAACAUCGCUCAGGUUACGUUGUGCCUUUACGCUCUCGGCAGAAUCACGCAAAAGCAUCCCGAAUACAAUGGCCCAAGACUUGGACCAAAAAUGGCAGAGAAGAACGAGAGAGAAUUUACGGAAGCUCAGCUUCGCGCCAGCGAAGGACAAGUCAAUUUACAGAUGGGUUACAACAAGGGAGCGAGUCAGAGCGGACACGGCGGUUUCGGCAACACCAGGCACAUGUAAAUUAAACCUACACACACUUACACACUUACACACACACACACACAUACACGCAAACAGAAACACACACACGCGCGUUCGCGCGCAUGGAUAAAAUUUAUAGAUAAAUAUGUAAUAUGUAAAUGUGUCUGCGCGUAUAAUGCGGAUGUAAUUAUAAUAUCAUUAUGUACAGUCGUUGAAAAAAUUUCAUCAUCAAGAUUGAUUGUAACGGCAUUAUUUACGAAUAGACAAUAAUAAUGGGUAUAACAUAUUGGGGGAUCGGUGACAGUUUGAAAAUUCCGUUAUACGGUAAUUACAAUUACUAUACUGUAUUGUUUUAAAAAAUGAUAUUGAAACUAUUGUUUGAUAUCACGUACAUGUUGAAUUUCUUGACAUACAUAAUUGAAUUCAUGAAUUGCUUUUAACUUUCAGUGAGAAAAAAAAAAUAUAUAUAUAUAUAUAUAUAUACAUGUAUAAUAUAGUUUGUUGAAAAAUUAGGAAAAAGAUCGUUUUACUCUGUUGAAAAGAUUAAAUUAAUAAAUAAACCAAACGGACAAACAAAUGUUCUAUAUACGUACACACAUGUAUACGUUACAUACAUUACACUUAACACUUGAAUGAUAUUCAUACACCAAAGAGACUCACACAUAUCCUAGUCAUACACACACACACACACGCGCGCGCGCACACACACAUACACACGCACACACACCCACACACACACACAUUUAUGCACAA